AUGAGCAGAAAAAAAAUUGUGAGUUCUUUUUUUAUGACGUUAUCCGCCGAAAUUUUAUUGAGUAUGAAUAAUGAUUCCAGAAGAAACCAGUAAAUGACAUUGAGAAGUUGAGAUCCUUUACAAAGCAGUUCAAGGACGUCACAGCCCCAAUCAGAUCCAAUUUGAUGAAGAUUCAGGAGUUGGACAAAGAAUGUGCGAUAAAACAAAAGUUUAUUGAAAACUUUACUGGCCCGAUAUUACAAACAUGGCACACAACCAAUAAAGAUCGGAGGAUUAAACGGUAUAAAAAGUUGAAAGUAAGUUGUCCUCAAUGGAACCUCAUGUUUAGAAUGUUUUGACUCAACUGGAACAACUUUCUUCUGAAAAAGUUAAACUUGCUACCAAAAACUACGAAACUCUCGACUAUUACGUGGACGAACUCGACAAGACCUACGCGAAGAUUAGUAAGUGGACAGACAGCGUACAACCUGGCCAUUUAGCAACAGAAAGGGCAGAAGCGUCAUCCGGGCCCAGUCGUCGUCGACGGGAUAUUAAAGUAGAGGAGAUCGAGAAGUUCGAUCCCACAACCGUCGUUGAUAUGCCUGUUGAUCCAGAUGAACCGACCUAUUGUCUAUGCAACCAAGUCUCAUUUGGACAGAUGGUUAUGUGUGACAAUAGAACUUGUCUUACGGAAUGGUUCCACUUUGAUUGUGUUGGGUUGACAUCUACACCAACAGGGAAAUGGUUCUGUCCAAACUGCAAGGAAUGA